GUUCGCCUCCUUCCUGGAAACAUAAGGAUGCAGAUGUCCUGAGCUGGCUGCCUGACCCUUGGAGUGGGGAGUUUCCAUUCCCUUGCUGCCAGCCUCACUAGGAGUUUAGCCAGGAGUUUGAAAAACUUAUAGAUCGUGUUGAUUUUGGCAAUGGCUGCAGACCUCCAGGCUUGACUAUCACAGUCUCUCCGCCUUCCCAUUCACCAACAUAACCUAUCCUUCCAGCCCCACUGCCUUACUCCUGUGGACCCAUUAAAGGCAGAAGUUGGAGGGAAGUGGGAGCAGGUGGGAGGAACUCAGAUGAGCAGGAAAGUUGCACAAUUCUUCUUACCCUAAUACGUUAGAAGAGGACCUGAAAAUUGGAGGGUUUUUGGCUGGCAUCACAUGCUGAGUCAACAGGAAGCUGGGUGGACUCAGGCGUCUCAUAGCGUUGAAAAUGAUAGCUGCCAUUUAUUGAGCACCUACCACAUGCCAGGUGCUGUUGGAUGCUUUGCAUACAUACUCUCUAAUUUUGGCAACAAAUUUGCUGGCAAGAAAGAUAUUACCACCGCCAUUUGCAGUUGAGGAAAUUGAGGCUAUCUAAAUUCCAUAGUUAACUGAGGUUAAUUGUCCGGGUGUCUCAUACCCAAUUAGAGCAAGGGCUCAGGCUCAAACCCUGAUUCACGUGACUCCAGGGUCCAGAUUCAUUCCAUGCCCCAGCACCCGACUGAGUGUUCCAUCUUUUCCACCCAUUCUCCAAGACCUCUAUCACACAUGUUAAGCAGUGUGUUUCAAGGGAUCACAUCAUCUGGGUAAGGAUUUCUGAUGUAUGGCUGAUAAGUGGGUGCGCUCUGGUGCCGAUCUGUGAGGCAGUUGAUGCUGGAAACUUGGUGUCCAUUUUGGUGUCGUAGGGAGCGGGUUUGCAGAGGCUGGGCCUCUUUGAGUGGGGAAGGCUGAGAGCCUGCUGUCUUGUGGAGCCUGAACUUGGCUGAAGAGCUUGCUUUUCUGGUGAAAUUGUCCUGAGAGCUCAGGACAAGAACCUUUGGCUGCUGCCUGGGUGGUUUCAAGCCUCCCAGAUAUGGUGUUCCAGAGACAAAGGGGUCAUGGAUGGAGGACCAAUUCAGAGCAGGCAGACGGUAUGGGUGGCUUCAGAAACUCCCAGGAUGCUGGCAGCCUCCAAGGCUGAGUGGCUUGGUUGAGCUUGGAGGAGAGCUGUGAAGUGGCACAUCCCAGGCCCUCCAAAGACAGGGCAGAAGCCUCAGGUGGGGCACUCUCCCUGCUGCCUGCUAGGACAGAGGAAAAAGCACUCCUUGCCCAAAUCCCUUCAACCCAGACUCUUUCUGGCCUUGGGCCACCCUGACUCCCAUCCCCAGUGAAGCCCAUCCCUGGCCUCAAGCAGUGCAGAGCAGGGACCAGGAGCAAGUGGAGGGGACGGUUCUGAGGAAUGGGCUGUUGAGGAGCAGCCAGGCGUGAUGCAUCUUCACUCUCCACCCUGCUGCUCGCCAGCUACGAGGCUGCCAAAGGUCAUUUAUCUCUUUAAGUCUCAAUUUCCCCGUCUCUAAAAUAGGAGUAGACCCAAUGAGUUAAAAACUUAUGUCCACAAAAUAACCUGAAUAAAGUUGUUUAUAGCAACUUUAUUCAGAGUUGCCAAAAUUUGGAAGCAACCAAGAUGUCCUUCGGUAAGUGAAGAGAUGAAUAAACUAUGGUCAUCCAGAUAACGGAAUAUUAUUCACCAAUAAGAAGAAAUGAAUUGUCAAGCCACGAAAAGACAAGGAGCCUCAUAAAUAUAUAUACACCUACUAUGUACCCACAGUUUUUUUAAUUAAAAAAAAAGACAGGGAGAUAAUAGUAAGUGAAGGCAUAGUACUAAGUGAAAGAGCCAAUCUGAAAAUUGGCUACGUAUCUUAUGAUUCCAACUAUAUGAUAUUCUGGAAAAGAUAAAUCUAUGGAAACAGUUAAAAGAUCAGGGGUUGCCGGGGUUAGAGAGGAAGAAGGGAUAAAUAGGCAGAGCACAGUGGGUUUUUAGGGCAGCGAAACUACUCUGCCUGAUGCUAUAAUGGUGGGUGUAUGUCAUUACACAUGCGUCCACAGCCAUAGAACGUAGAGCACCAAGAGUGAACCCUAAUGUAGACUAUAGGACUCUGGAGAUCAUGAUAAAUCAGUGUAGGUUCAUCAGUUGUGACAAAUGUACCACUCUGGUGGGGAAUGCUGAUGAUAGGGGAAGCUGUGCAGCAUAUGUAGGGGCAGGGGGUAUAAAGGAACUUUCUGUAUUUCCUGCUCAAUUUUACUGUGAACCAACAUUGUUCCAAAAAAGUCUAUUUAAAAAAAAAAUAGUGGUAGCCAGGAACAGUGGCUCACACCUGUAAUCCUAGCACUUUGGGAGGCUGAGGCAGGCAGAUCACUUGAGGCCAGGAGUUUGAGACCAGCCUGGGCAACAUGAUGAAACCUCGUCUCUACAGAAAAUCAAAAAAUUAGCUGUCUCCUCCCGCUGCCCAAGAUGCUGAAAGGAAAGAAGGCCAAGGGGAAGAAGGUGGCUCCUGUCAUGAAGAAGCAGGAGGCCAAGGAAGUGGUGAAUCCCCUGUUUGAGAAAAGGCCUAAGAAUUUUGGCAUCGUACAGGACAUCCAGCCCAAAAGAGACCUCACCUGCUUUGUGAAAUGGCCCUCCUAUAUCAGGUUGCAGCAGCAGAGAGCCAUCCUCUAUAAGCGGCUGAAAGUGCCUCCUGCGAUUAACCAGUUCACCCAGGACCGCCAAACAGCUACUCAGCUGCUUAAGCUGGCCCACAAGUACAGACCAGAAACAAAGCAAGAGAAGAAGCAGAGGCCAUUGGCCCAGGCCGAGAAGAAAGCUGCUGGCAAAGGGGACGUCCCCACUAAGAGACCACCUGUCCUUCGAGCAGGAGUUAACACCGUCACCACUUUGGUGGAGAACAAGAAAGCUCAGCUGGUGGUGGUUGCACAUGACGUGGAUCCCAUUGAGCUGGUCAUGUUCUUGCCUGCCCUGUGUCAUAAAAUGGGGGUCCCUUACUGCGUUAUCAAGGGGAAGGCAAGACUGGGCCAUCUAGUCCACAGGAAGACCUGCACCACUGUCACCUUCACACAGGUUAACUCGGAAGACAAGGGCGCUUUGGCUAAGCUGGUGGAAGCUAUCAGGACCGAUUACAAUGACAGAUACGAUGAGAUCCACUCUCACUGGGGCGGCGAUGUCCUGGGUCCCAAGUCUGUGGCUCACAUCGUCAAGUUCAAAAAGGCAAAGGCUAAAGAACUUGCCACUAAACCGGGUUAAAUAUACACUGUUGAGUUUUCUGUACAUAAAAAUAAUUAAAAUAAUACAAAUUUUCCUUCAAAAAUAAUUAACCAGGUGUGGUGGUGUGUGCCUGUGAUCCCAGCUAUUCAGUGGGAGGAUUGCUUGAGCCUGUGAGGUCAAGGCUGCAGCAACCCGUGUUCACGUCACUGCACUUCAGCCUGGGUGACACAGUGAGACCCUGCCUCAAAAAAAAAAUACAAUAAAAUAAAAAUUAAAAAUUGGGAUAGAAACACAUAUUGCCCAGUCAUAGAAUGGAUUAUAUGAAAUAAUGCAUGUAGAAUACCUGGUGUAUGGUG